CCUAUCAUUCAUUCUCUGUACUCAUUCGUUUCUCAUGGCGACAUAUGAUAGGCUUUUGUUUUCUAUUACCUUGUGAGAAGCAAAACCUAAAUUACUUAAGAUUUUUGAACUCAACAUUUCAAAUUUCAUAAUCACACGGAGAAUAUUUACAGAAUUCUUUCGCCGGGUCUUUUAUCCACCGAGCAAAAUGGCACAGACUGAAGCUGCAAUAAAAGCUAAAGAAUUCCAUGAAACAUUGAAGGUUGAUGCAGAAAAUCGAAUAGUUCAAAAAUUUCCUGAACGAAUUAUUCAUUUAAAUGAAUUAUUAACCAAACCAGAAUUUCGUAUUGCUGAAAUGGAUAUAAAAUGUAAUUUAAAUGUCCCUUCAAUGAUGAAAAUAGAAAACAAUGUAAACAAUUGUGAAGGGAAAAAUCCUGGAAAAAGACCACGUUUAGAUUCAAAUUCUCAUGAUGCAAUUCCAGAACAAAUGCUCAUACCAUCUAAUAAAAACCUUACUGAAGUUAUUAAAAUUCUUAAACCUAAUAUCAAACAAUUAGUUGAAGACACCAAUGCUUUAAAAAUGUGGGUAUCGUUAUUAAUACCAAAAAUUGAAGAUGGUAACAAUUUUGGAGUAUCUGUACAAGAAGAUACCCUAGCUGAGAUACAACAAGUCGAAGUUGAAGCUACAAAUUAUCUUGAACAAGUAUCUCGCUAUUAUGUUUCUCGUGGAAAAUUAAUUACAAAGGUUGUGAAAUAUCCAUUUGUAGAAGAUUAUCGCCGAGCUGUAGAAGAGCUUGAUGAAAGACAAUAUUUAUCCAUGUCCCUUACCAUGCAUGAAAUCCGAAACCGUUAUUCUACAUUACAUGAUAUUGUCAUCAAGAAUUUUGACAAAAUAAAAAAGCCACGAUCUUCAAACACCGACAGCUUGUACUAAGAACAUUAAAAUUAUACAUAAAACUUUUAAACAAAAAUUUUUAUCCUUAUCAUUCCUCUAAAUUUUUAAGUUUUUGUCAAAAUAAAAAAAAAUUAUAAAAUUAAAAAUGAACUCGAGAAAGAGAUGUUACCUCCAACUUGAAAUUAAAUAUGUGUAAGAUAUAA